UGCUCGAAGCCACGCGACUCCGCGACGCCGAACGCCCCGAACCCGAAGUUGGCGACGCGAGCGCCGCGGCCAUGCGGUGGCCUUCACGUCUGGCGCUGACGGCUUUGGGCCUGCUGGAGUUGGAGGCCCAACCCGUAGAGCAGAUCCCGGACGACGAGUGCACCGAAAGCGGCUGCGCGCUGCAAGCGCUGCAGCGACAAGGGCGAAGGGUGGCUGAUGCGCAGGCAUGGAACGAGGUCAUGGCGGCUCUGGUCCCUAAGAUCCAAAAGAUGGUGUUCGAGGAUGGCCAGCUGGCGGUCUCCAAAGAGAUGCGCGAGGCCAUGCGGGGGACCUGCUUGAGCUCAAAGGAGUACGUGACCGCGCAGGCGCCCUUCGACGACUUCUGGCAGUGCGCCAGCGAGGACAACGACAACUUCGGGGCCUCGGCCUACUGCCCCAGCCGACGCGUGGCCCAGAGACUCGCCAACUUCACGGGCCUCGACCUCAAGGUCCUGGAGAAGCUUCACUUGCAGUCCGGCAACGAGAGCGCCGCGCUCUACGGGAAGUGGUGUGGCAUGCCGGCUCCGCCAGAGUACGAGGAUGCAUACAGCGGCCCCGUUGGGAAUCGUGCCUUCUGGGAGGACUGCGUCAUGCGGAACUCGGGGUACUUCAACGCGCUGAAGUGCGACACCAACGGCUCUUAUGCGGUUUUGGGGAUCGCUGCGCUGAACCACGGCGUUUGCUACCCGGCUCACCGCCAUGACAACCAGGAGGCCUAUUGGCAGAUCGCCGGGCCUGGCUGGUGGAAGACGUGGCCUGAGAGCUUCAGCGACAAGCCGAACAUGAAGCCAUACUCCGAGAUUCGCGUCACCUCAGCCAACGAUGCCCUGCGCCUUCACAACCAUGCAGGUGGCCUCAUCCACGAGAUGGACACCACCUUUGAUGACGACUUUCUGCUGGCGGUGUACUGGUGGGGCAAGCCGGUCUACACCACGGUGAACUACGCCUACAGUCACGGCGUGGUAGAGCAGGGCAGCUGCUUCGCGAGCUUCCGCAGAGAGCACCUGGACGCUGCUCACAGCUGCCCCGAGGUGGCGCGCCCGGAGUGGGCCACCGAGGGCAAGUGACGCGCGCAGAGGCACACAGAGGAAGUCGCUUUGGGCGCUGGAAGAGCCCCCGAGCGGCGGUGGCUCACACAAAAUGGUCAGAGCUGGGGUUGUGGCUGAGAAA